AUGAGUCCUUACGACGGGGAAGAGAAACAAUUAUGUCAUAGUGAUACAGAGGUCCAAUUUCGGAAGCUCGGGCAAGAAAAGAAGGAGACCAAGAAUAAGAUUCAGUUUAAGGGAAUAACCAAGAUGGCUGACAAAAGUACCCAAAAAUCUGAAGUAGAUAGUAACAAGGCUGAUGAACAACAACGCCCGAGGCUGACUUCUACAAAUAAAUGUGAAUGUCCAUUCUUAUUAAAAGCCUUUAAUAUUGGUAAGGAUGAGUGGGUACUUGAGGUUGCUUGCGGAAUCCACAAUCAUGUUGCCCCAUCAUAUCUAGAAGGUCAUUCCUAUGCAGGGCGACUAUCUAAAGAAGAACAUGAGUUGUUGGUAGAUAAGUCUAAGCGUUUAAUAAGACCCAAGGAUAUAUUGACUGCCGUAAAGAGCCGAGAUCCAAGUAAUACAUCAACGAUGAGAACUAUAUACAAUGCUAGGUAUUUUGCUCGAAUUAUCGCUAGAGCAGGCAGAACUCAAAUGCAACAAUUACUAAAGAAUUUGCGCGAUCAUCAUUAUAUUGAGCAUCAUAGAAGCGAAGAUCACGUGGUCACUGAUUUGUUUUGGUGUCAUCCAUUCAGUCUUCAAAUGCUACGUACAUUCCCACAUGUACUUAUCAUGGAUUGCACCUAUAAGAUAAACAGGUAUCGUUUUCCACUUUUUGAGAUUGUGGGUAUUACAUGCACUGAGCAAACUUUCAAUGUUGCGUUUGUUUACAUGUCAAAGGAGGCAAAAGAUAAUUACAGAUGGGCACUGAGUAGGUUAAGAACACUUAUGAAUGAGGAUUCUAUGCCUGGGGUAAUUGUCACUGAUCUGGAAUUGGCACUUAUGAAAGCCACUGAAAAUGUCUUUCCCGAUACUCAUCAGAUUUUAUGUAAGUGGCACAUUGGUAAGAAUGUGAUGAGAAAAUGCAAAGGAAAAUUGACAACAAAAGAAGGGUGGGAAGCAUUUAAUAAUGAUUGGCAUAGCUUGGUGGAUUGUAGCUCUGAGGACGAGUAUGUGUAA